GCGCCGUAAGAAUUCCCGCGGAGUCUUGGCGGGAGAGACAUGAGAACCAUGGACGUCGUGGAAACGCGCGUUUUUCUGCCACUCGCAAUUCUAAUAAUCAGCCGUUGCCACGCUCUUCUGGACAGUCUUCUGGAAGACAACAUCUCAGUUUCCUCCUGUGAUUUCGAAACACCUUGCCUAUGGACUUUGUCAAAUCACAGCAACCAAAGUGACUGGUCGCUGGUGUCUGCGCGGCGACUGGAGAGCACACAGCAGGCAGGUUUCAAGCCUGAGGCGGACCACUCAGAGGGGAGCGCUGAUGGUCAAUUUCUGCUCCUAAGCCCCGCCCCUGAUUCCAAAGUGGCAGGGAGUUGUGAGUACCACUUAACCAGCCCAGUCAUAACCAGAGGAGAGCACCUAUGUGUUUUGUUAUUGGCUGUGUACGAGUCGUCACCAACAGCAGGGGACCUCUUGGUCCUGAUCAAACCCCUCACCUCCAGUUCAUUCGCUGACGCCAUCGUCAUCCAUCCUGAGAGACAAAAAGACACCAGGACUGAGUGGGAAGCAGUUGAGAUUUUUAUAGGUCAAGUGGACCAGCCCUUCCAAGUGACCCUGAGCUACACUGGGUGUGUGGAGGACGGGGCCACUGUGGCUCUUGACUCUCUACAGUUCUUAGUUUGUGAGCCAGAUGACGAGGAUCAUGCGCUCAAACCAGACGUGGACUGUGGCGAUCAUUUCUACUGUAAAAAUCCUGAAUAUUGCAUCGACCAAAAGCAAGUGUGCGAUUUCCACACUGAUUGCCCCUUAGGAGAAGAUGAGGGUUUCAUCUGCGGUGCACUUCCAUUUGGCUCACACUGCUCAUUUGAGCAAGAUGCUUGUGGUUGGUCCGUGUCCAAGCUGCACUCAGCCUGGAGGAGGGUGGCCAGUGAUGAGCUUCUGCAGAAAGAAGACAUGCAGGGUCUCACCCUGAAAAGUACUCCAGGACACUUCUUGUUUCUGGAGAUAAGACCGAGACAUUCCCUGCAGGAGGCGUCUGUUCAGAGCCACUUUUUUCCUCCUCCUGUCUCCAAUAAGACUUGCCAGAUACGUUUUUCCUUUCACCUGUUUGGCCGCUUCAAUGGCUCCUUGUCUGUGGCUUUGGAGGAAAAUGGGACCGCCACUGCACCCCUGGUUUGGGAGAUAAAGAGCCCUUCAAAAGAUGACUGGGAGGAUGUUGUCCUGCCGCUGACUGGACUUCAUCAUGAGUUUAGUGUUAAAGUGACAGCUGUUUGGCUCCAAGGCUCCAAUGCUGAUGUUGCCCUGGAUGAUUUUGCAAUAGGUGCAACCUGCUUUGACACAGAUCUCAACGCUUUUCUGCUCAUGGCCGACCUGAGGGAUUUCUUAAGUCCGCUCGCAGAGCCUUCGUCAUCAGAUGUGUCUCUGAUGACCUGGUUUUUUAACUCCUGUGGCGCGAGUGGUCCCUACGGGCCCACACAGGCCCAGUGUGACAGUACCUACAGGAACAAAAAUGUCAGCGUGACUGUGGGGAAAGACGGGCCCUUAAAAGGAGUCCAAAUGUGGAAGGUCCCUGCCACCAAUCGGUACCUGAUCUCCGCCUACGGGGCUGCAGGAGGGAAAGGAGCCAAAACCCACAAUAAACGCAACCACGGCAUUUUCAUUUCGGCCGUGUUCCCUCUGGAAAAAGGGGAUUUACUCUACAUCCUAGUGGGUCAUCAAGGAGAGGAUGCAUGCCCUGGAAGAAACAACCAAACCCAGGAGAUUUGCCUGGGGGAGUCUUCUGUGAUCGAAGAAGGCCUGCAAGCAGAGGCUGGCGCAAAGUGGGCUGGCGGAGGAGGUGGAGGAGGAGGAGCGACCUACAUCUUUAAGGUGGAGGGUGACGAGCUGGUUCCCUUGAUGAUUGCGGCGGGAGGAGGAGGAAACGCUUACAUGGAAGACCCGGAGACCAGUCUGGAUCAGAUACCCCUGGAGCAGUUUGAAAACAGCACCACAGCCCCCAGUACCAACGGCCAAACCGGCAGGGCAGGUGGAGGUGGAGGCUGGAAGGACAGUCCCGUCGCUGACCCCGUGGCAGGCGGGUCCCUGGUGGAGGGCGCCAAGGGGGGUGCAGCAUGUGAUUUGGCCCAGUCGAAACUGGGCUGGUCCACCUACGGGGGUUUUGGAGGCGGAGGUGGUGCCUGCACUUCUGGAGGAGGCGGAGGCGGGUACAGAGGAGGUGACGCUGCACUAACAGACGACAUCACAGCUGAUGGCCGCGAUGGAAUCUCCUUCAUCAACCCGAUUGGCGAAAUUUACCUGCAGCCUCUGGCAGCAAUGGAGAGUCACGGCGAGUGUGAGAUCAAGGUGCAGCUCAACUGCAGCCUUUGCCAGUCACAAAGCUGCAAGCGUGAUGAAGUUACGCACCUCAUCCUCUGCCUGUGCCACGACGAUGAGUUCCUGGCCGGCGAUAACGUCACAUGCAUUGGUACAGCAGCAGCUCCUCAAGUCCCACCUCCGCAGGGCCACAUGUCGACCACGUUGAUCCUGGCUGUUCUCACCUCCACCGUCGUCAGCGGAGUCGCGUUGAUCUGCGCCGGCGUCCUCCUCAUGUGGCACCGUUGGAAAAACGAUCUGCAGGCAGUGAGGGGCCGCCUCCAGAGUCCCGAGUACAAACUGAGCAAGCUCCGCUCCUCCACCAUCAUGACGGACUAUAACCCCAACUACUGCUUCGCCGGGAAGGCCGCGGGGCUCAACGAGCUGAAGGAAGUGCCGCGCAAAAACAUCUCGCUGCUCAGAGCUCUCGGCCACGGCGCCUUUGGUGAAGUGUAUGAGGGUCAGGUCCUCGGCAUGAGCGCUGAUAACAGCCCCAUGCAGGUGGCCAUAAAGACCCUUCCAGAAAUCUGCUCGGAACAGGAUGAGAUGGACUUCCUCAUGGAGGCACUGAUCAUGAGCAAGUUCAACCACGAGAACAUUGUACGCUGUAUCGGCGUCAGUCUCAACAUCCUGCCUCGUUUCAUCCUCCUGGAACUCAUGACGGGAGGAGACAUGAAGACCUUCCUGAGGAAGAACAGACCUCAACGCGGCCAAGUUCCUCCCCUCAGCAUGCACGAGCUGCUGCAAAUGGCGAGAGACAUUGCACGUGGGUGCCGUUAUCUGGAGGAAAACCACUUUAUACACAGAGAUAUUGCUGCAAGGAAUUGCCUGCUCACCUGUCCCGGACCGGAAAGGGUGGCCAAGAUUGGAGACUUUGGCAUGGCCCGAGAUAUUUACAGAGCCAGCUACUACAGGAAAGGUGGUCGUGCCAUGCUGCCUGUCAAGUGGAUGCCACCUGAGGCCUUCAUGGAGGGAAUCUUCACCUGCAAGACCGAUACAUGGUCAUUUGGGGUACUGCUAUGGGAGAUCCUCUCUCUGGGUUACAUGCCGUACCCCUGUAAGACCAACCAGGAGGUGCUGGAGUUUGUCACCAGUGGAGGCAGGAUGAACCCUCCAGAGGGCUGCCCGGGCCCUGUCUAUCGGAUCAUGACCCAGUGUUGGCAACAUUGUCCGGAACACCGGCCCAACUUCUCCACUAUACUCGAGAGAAUCAACUAUUGCACUCAGGACCCAGAUGUGAUCAGUACACCCCUCCCAGUGGAAUAUCGGCCCACCGCAGACGACGAUGGCGGCGCAGCCAUCCUCCCCUCUAAUCACACGCCCGGCAACUUCACUCCCCUCCCCAUCUCCUUGGUCUCCUCCUCUUCCUCCCAGCUUGGCCAAAUGGCGCCCUCAACUCUUCUCUCGCAGCCCGCCAAGCCUUGCCUCUUCCUCCAGAGAAGCCAGCCCAUCCAGCAGGAGGCGACGUUGUGCCAGGACGUUCUCACAGAGAACGAGCCCAUCCCGCCGGCUCCUGGGGGCCACUGGCUCCACCCUGAGCCUCCCCUGCAGCUACCCAAAAACAGCCAAUCCUGGGGGAGCCAACGGCUGAAGAACAAAACUAAGAAUUUGUGGAACCCGACGUACGGCUCGUGGGUUUUGGAUAGCUUCAUGGUGAAGAAGACCCUGGCUCCCACUCAGUCCGUUCCCCUCCCAAGCCCCCCUUCUACUUCCUGCAGCGCACCAGCUGUUCAGUCCGGCAGUGCAGCCACAGAGUCCAACCAGGCAGGCGAUGAAAUCUCCAAACAUCCCAGCUUCUGCUCUUCUCCAUUGCCUCCCCGCCGGGGUCCGAUCGCACCCAAUGGGGACUCCAAUAAGAGCGAAAACAGCGGCGGGCAGUCAACGGGCGCCACGGACCUAGCGAAGCUCCACAGUUUCACCUGCGGUAACGUCAACUACGCCUACGACGAGCAAAGCUACGAGGCGGAGAGCUUGCCCUUGGUGGUCCAGACUAAAGCCCCGGACGUCCUCAAAAACACCAUCUCUGCCCCCAGCGUGUCCUCGGGCUUCGGGCUGUCCCUGGGCCUGAACGCGUCCUCCUCCUUCUGCAUGCCCAAGCUGCUGCUCAAGCGCCACGCCAGCUACGGACACGAGGACGUGAGACGACACGCAAAAGCCGAGAAGCCCACGCGAGACCGAGACUCUGGGUUCUCUCUGUCCGAAGACCUGAGCGUCACCCCGAUCUAGGACUGAACCUCUACUAGGUUUUGUGGGUAAACAUCAUUCAUUGACAAACACAGCCUUGUUAAAGUAGCAGCUUUUAACAGCAUGAUGGGCAUACUUGCCAACCCUCCCGAAUUUUCCGGGAGACUCCCGAAAUUCAGCACUUCUCCCGAAAACCUCCCGGGAUAAAUAUUCUCCCGAAAAUCUCUCGAUUUUCAGCCGGAGCUGGAAGCCACGCCCCCUCCAGCUCCUUGCGGACCUGAGUGAGGACAGCCUUUUUUCAGACAGGAGGACAACAGGGUGACAAGAACUAAAUCAUCCAGACUAGAGAUAAAUUGUAUUAUUAUGUUUAUCUUACCUCAAAAUAAAUAUAUUUAUUAAUUUUAAAAAAAGAAGAAAAAAAAAACAUUUUUACUUUAUUUUGCUAAAAACAUCAAAAUUAAUUGUAUUUUUGUUUGUAUUUUUUCCUGACUCCUUAUCACA